CCGGGAUUAUUAAUGUGCAUCGUUUGGAGAUCUCUCCCUCCCCCUCCCUUGAUUCGUGUUUCGGAUGCAGGUAAAUAUCGUAUUCAAGGGGUGGCCGCUUGAGGUAAUUAUUAUACAACGUUUGUCUCUUUGUGGCAACAUCAGAAACUCGCUUGCAAUGACCUAAAUCCAGUGCUAUAAAGACAAUCAUCUGGUUUGUGCGGAGAGAAAUUUUUACUUAAGUAUCUUCUCAAAGAUGAAUAAAACUUUGGCUUGCCUUUUCCUGGUCAUGCUUUGCACUGCCAUGGCCAUGGCAACAUAUCGCAAAUCAUAUCACGGAGGUCACAAAAUUCACUUAGGGGGAGCUGGUUAUGCAUAUCGUCCAAGCUACGCUCACAGCAAGCCUGUUUUGCAUCAUGCACCCGUGCCAGUGGUUUACGCCAGAAAAUCUCACAGCAAACCACACGUGACACACUACGUCAAACCUUCGUAUCAUCACUCAGUACCUCAUGCAGGAUACAGCAAGCCUGUCUAUUAUUUGGGUGGCCAUGCUAGUCAUGGAGUUGCUCACAAGCCUGCAGUCUACGCUUCUCAUGGCUAUGCAUACAAACCAGCAGUUCAUGCAUAUGCUCCACAUGCCGUAGCGUAUGCCCACAAAAGUUAUCCCCAUCAUUAACUAUCAUCUCAAUGGAAACUGAGGCUUCUCCUGCUAUUACGAAUCCGAGACCAAACGUAACUAUCUUCAGGGAAAACUUGAUACAUCAUUGAUCCUUGUUAUUUUUAAAAUGUGCAAUUAUCUUUUGAAAAAUAAAGCACAUUUGCAGGAAAAAAA